AUGGUCGCUUCUGCUACCCUUGGUUAUCCUCGCGUGGGAACCGGUCGUGCCGCCAAGAAGGCCAUCGAGGCCUACUGGGCCGGCAAGAUCUCGGAGGAGGACCUCCAGACCGCUGCCAAGGCUAUCCGUCAGGAGCGUUGGGAGUCGCAGAAGAACGCUGGUGUCGACCUCAUUCCCUCGGGAGAGUUUACCCUGUACGACCACCUGCUCGACCACUCGUUCAACUUUAAUGUCAUCCCCGAGCGCUUCACCAAGCAGGGCCUCUCGCCUCUCGACACAUUUUUUGCCAUGGGCCGUGGUCACCAGGACCGCGCCAAGGGCAUUGACGUUGCCGCCAACGAGAUGGGCAAGUUCUUCGACUCGAACUACCACAUCGUCAAGGUCGACCACGCCCCCGAGACCGAGUUCAAGAUCAACCGCAACCAGGCUCUCGAGGAGUACGAGGAGGCCAAGGCUCUCGGCAUCGAGACCCGCCCCGUCCUGUUCGGCCCCAUCACCUACCUCUCGCUUGUUCGCAAGUCGCGUGACGCCCCCGCCGAGUUCAAGACCCUCGACCUGAUUGAGAAGCUCAUCCCCGUCUACGUUGAGAUCCUCGAGUCGCUCAAGAAGGCCGGUGCCGCCUCGGUCCAGCUUGACGAGCCCAUCCUUGUCACCGACGCCGGAGAGGAGCUUGGCGACCUUUACAAGUCGACCUACGAGAAGCUCGCCGCCGCUGGCCUCCCCAUCACCCUCACCACCGCCUACGGCCGUGUCGGCAAGUCGAUCGAGUUCCUUAAGGAGCUCCCCAUCGCUGGCCUCCACCUCGACCUUAACCGCGAGCCCAAGCAGCUCGACGCCGCCAUCGAGGCCGUCAAGGACACCAAGAUUGUUCUUGAGCUUGGUCUCAUCUCGGGCCGUAACAUCUGGAAGAACGACCUCAAGGCCUCGCAGGCCAUCGCCGAGAAGGCCAUUGCCGCCCUCGGUGCCGACCGCGUUGUCAUCUCGACCUCGUCGUCGCUCCUCCACACCCCCCUGACCACCAAGGUCGAGACCAAGCUCACCGCCGAGCAGCUCUCGUGGCUCUCGUUCGCCCAGGAGAAGUGUGCUGAGGUCGCUGCCCUCGCCACUGUCCUCUCGGGCAAGGAGUCGGAGCUCUUCGAGCAGAACACCAAGGACAUUGCUGCCCGUCGCGAGUUCGAGCGCACCUCGGACUCUGCCGUCCGUGACCGUGUCGCCGCCAUCACCCCCGAGAUGCUCUCGCGCAAGGACGCCUUCCCCGUCCGUCGUGAGGCCCAGAAGGCCCACCUCAAGCUCCCCAAGUUCCCCACCACCACCAUCGGCUCGUUCCCCCAGACCAAGGAGAUCCGUGUCGCUCGUGCCAAGUUCGGCAAGGGUGAGCUCACCCAGGAGCAGUACGAGACUGCCAUGGAGAACGAGAUCAAGUCGGUUGUCGACUUCCAGGAGAAGGUCGGCCUCGACCUCCUCGUCCACGGCGAGCCCGAGCGUAACGACAUGGUUCAGUACUUCGGCGAGCAGCUCACCGGCUUCAUCUUCACCCAGCUUGGUUGGGUCCAGUCGUACGGCUCGCGUUACGUUCGUCCCCCCAUCAUUGUUUCGGACGUCUCGCGCCCCACCCCCAUGACCGUCCGCUGGUCGUCGUACGCCCAGUCGGUCUCCAGCAAGCCCAUGAAGGGUAUGCUUACCGGCCCCGUUACCAUCCUUAACUGGUCGUUCCCCCGUGCCGACGUCUCCAAGGAGGUCCAGUCGAAGCAGCUCGCCCUCGCCCUCCGCGACGAGGUUGUUGACCUUGCCAACGCCGACAUCCGCGCCAUCCAGGUCGACGAGCCCGCUAUCCGUGAGGGUCUCCCCCUCCGUCGCGAGGACUGGGACGAGUACCUCACCUGGGCCGUUGACUCGUUCCGUCUCUCGACCUCGGGUGUUGAGAACGACACCCAGGUCCACUCGCACUUCUGCUACUCGGACUUCGGAGACAUCUUCCCCCACAUCCAGCGUCUUGACGCCGACGUCAUCUCGAUCGAGGCCUCGAAGGCCGACCUCAAGCUCCUUGACGUCUUCGCCAAGCACGGCUACUCGAACGAGAUCGGCCCCGGUGUUUACGACAUCCACUCGCCCCGUGUCCCCUCGGAGCAGGAGAUCAAGGACCGCCUUGUCGCCUUCGCCAAGGUUAUCCCCGCCGACCUCCUUGUCGUCAACCCCGACUGUGGUCUCAAGACCCGUGCUUGGAAGGAGACCGAGGAGUCGCUUGCCAACCUCGUCGCCGCCGCCAAGUGGGCUCGCGAGAACCUUUAA